AUGUCUCCAACUAAAAAGCGAUCCGUCCUGAUUACUGGAUGCUCUCAAGGCGGGGCAGGAAAUGCCGUGGCCUUAGAGUUUGUCGCCCAGGGACUAAGAGUAUUCGCAACUGCUCGUUCCCUCGAGUCGAUGAGCAAUCUUUCAGAAAGUGGAAUUGAGACUUUUGCCUUGGAUGUUACCAUUCCAGAAAGCAUUCUAGCGUUGAAAGACGAAAUUACCAAACGCACCGGCGGGGCUCUUGACAUCCUAUACAACAAUGCUGGCUCUAUGUACGAGGCCCCCGCCAUAGAAGCCGAUCCCAGUAAAGUGAGGAAUAUGUUCGACACAAAUGUAUUCGGUCUAUUCGAUAUGGUGGUAGCUUUCACCCCUCUCCUGAUCGCUGCUACAGCCGGGAAUUCAAGUUACAAGCCCACGAUCGUCAACGUGGCUUCGGUACUUGCAAGACUUCCCUUUCCUUUCGCAUCAGCAUAUAAUGCAACAAAAGCUGCAGUGUCUGCAUACUCGGAUACAUUGCGGCUUGAGCUGGACCCUCUUGGCAUUCGAGUCGUCACAUUUUUCAUGGGCGAAGUCUCUACCAGACUUCGGUCAGCAGAAAUGAUCAACUUUGGAUCCGAUAGUUUGUAUGCCGACGCCGAGGUUAAGGUUAAAGAGAGGACUGAGCAAAGCUCCAGAGUCUCUAUCACACCAGCCGUUUUGGCUAAGCAGGUUGCCCCUGAUGUCCUCGGGACAAAGGAAGUCAGCUAUAUGUGGAAAGGCACAAAUUCUUUCAUUGUUUGGUUGCUUAAUGCCAUAGGGCCUCGAAAGGUUUUUGACUCGACUGUGAUGGGCCCAGUUGGUUUUAGUGAUAAGGCUCAAGUGAAACGAAUAUUUGAACGUGGGCAGCGGAUGGUCGGGCAUUGA